GCUACGCGGGCCUGUCGAACGCCCCACCGCUCAGUCCGACCCGGACGUUCGAGCGAGACGCGUUCGUCUUCCGUGUUACGUACACACACCAGCCGUACGCACGUUGUGUUCAACCUUCCGCGCGUUCUCGUACGCGCCCGGAUCCGUACUCUGCGAGUCAGCGGUUACCGACCUGUGUGCCCGCACCAAACGCAAUAAUAAACGUAAACACACGCACGCACGGGGAAGGGAGAGGAGGGAGUAAAGAAUCGUCGUUGUCAUCGUCGCCGUCGCCGCCGUCGUCGUCGUCGUCGUCGUCGUCGUUGGCACCCUGAAACGAUCUCGUGGUGUACGCGCGGCACACGCGGCGACCACCCCCCGGGACGAAUACGACGGAGCACGCGUUCGCCCGUUCGAAACGUAGACGGGUAUUUAAACGUGCCGUUCGCGGAGGAAAGGGAGAGGAGGAUACACGGGGGAGGGAGGGAGAGAAAGCGAAGAAAAAGCUCUCUCUGGGCCGCCUCACCGCCGGCUUUCCACGGCCACGAAUCGAUACCACGCGACCGUCGUCGUCGUCGUCGUCGUCGUCGACGUCGCCUCCGCCGCCGCCGCCGCCGUCGUCGUCGCCGCCGCCGCCGCCGCCGCCGCGUCGGUCGUUCCUCUCUCUCUCUCUCUCUCCCUCUCUCUCGCGAACGCGUAGAACUCCUUUUGUUCUCUGCCCUCUUCCUCCUCGUUCCUCGCGGCCCGGAGGAAGCGGAGAAACCACGCGCGCAUCUUCCGCGAGCGUCGCGGAAAAACGCGCGCGCUCGAGGCCGACGCUCGGCGAUCCUCACACACGACGUUUCGGGGUGCGUGCUGGCAUAGUUUAGUUGGAAGCCAUCCCGCUGGAAGGUGAUAGCGACACACGGGGGUUGUUCGUCUAGCCUUGCUCGGAAAGCUCCGCUUUCCUGGAAAUCGGGAAUGUUGUUUUCCGUCGGGCAAGGACAGUGAUCGACCGCGGCCGAGAAAUCUGUCGGAUCGCCGGCGCGGGCCGGCGUGUCAGGUGUGAACUCGUAUUGUAAUAAAGUGGCGGUUCAGUGACACGUGACGCUGUCCGUUUCCUCUCCGCUCUCCGUCUCUCUUGGUGUUCUCCGCUCUUUCUUGGUGUGUGCUGUGACGAGAACAGGUAACGCGCUGCCCCGGUGCCUGCGACAACUGAUUUCUCUCCACGCCUACGAGGACCCGCCAUCCGCCUCGCCGCCGCGCGCCGUCAUACAAUGUAGUAGAGCCGGUUGCGGGAGGAAGUUACGUCCGACGAAUCGAAUUCACGGUGCAAAUUGGUGCGUUGAAAAAACAGGGAGGCUGUGAUGAGGGAAGUCGGCUAAGAGGAGCCCGUGUCGCGCAAGCGCCGGUAGAGGAGCAUAGGAAAGAUGCCGCUUUCCUCGAGAGUCUUAUUAAGCCCGCUGCUGCUUCUAAUCAUCGCAGGAAGCACCGGCGCCUUCAGCUCCCGGCAAGGAGAAUGCUUGUUUCCAGCAAAGUGGGAAGGCACGUGGUUCCAAAGUGGCGUGAGGCAAUCAAUAUUAAUAUCUAAAAACGAAUUAUCCACUAAGGGCAAGUGUCUGCAUAACGAAGGUGACAAGUUUCUCCUGGUAGAUCAGAAAUCAUGCUACCGUUGCGUCGUCAUUCACGAGAAGCAUUCCAACGUUCUGCAGUACAAAGAGACUUUUUGCCACAGUAGGAACUCUCUGGCGUCUCUCUGCUCGUAUAUUACGGGGGAUGCGCUGCUGUACUCCAUGUUCCGCGAGGAGGCACUCCCCGUGGCGUGCCCUUUUCGCGGCCCCAUGACCUUUUCCUACAACCGUGGCCACGGCACGUGCUCGAAUCCGCCGAGCAACGUCGACACCUGUACGGACGACAGCAGACUCCUCUUCAAAUACCAGGCCUGCCCGGACGUGCCCGCCUCGGAGAGCGCAGUGGAGGAGCUGGAAUGCCUGGCCACCUGGAAGGAGGGCAGCAGCCGUUACUUAGUCGGCCGUCUGCAUCACGGCCACGCGUCCAGCAACGAGGAUCGAUACCGGUGCUUCGUUUACGAGAAGGCAGGCCAGACGACGGUGCAGGGUAAUCUGAACAGAGCGGCCAUGGGCAUGGGCACCAUGGACCACGAAGUCGCCAUGCCGGGCGAGCCGGUGCCCGAGGGCUCCGCCGAGGUAUACCGGGUGGCGCAAAGCGGCGACGCGACGUGCAACGGUCUAUUCAGUCCCAUGGAGGGCUCUCGCACGAUGACCCUGAGGAAAGUCUCGUCCCCGGGCGAAUGUCGGUUUCCAAAUUGGCUGACUGGACACUCGAGCGGCGGAUUGACCUGGCACACUCUGGACCUCGGCAGAUCCUACACAUUUCAUCCGCGAAACGCGUCUCUGCACGUCGCCAGACUAAACACAACUUUGCCGAGUUUCGAAAGCGGAUCCACAGACUCGCAACACGUGCUCGGGACGGAGGAUCAGGAUGUGAAGAUCCUCUGCAACAGCAUAAAACAGUCGAAUGGCGCGCAGAUGAUAACAAUGAUGCUCGUGGCACACUUCACUGUCGGCUGUCGGAGCGGUUUUAUGUGCAUGACAUUCUACCGGAGAGACGGCCACGUGAUCGAGCUGCAAACGGGAAUCCCGGUAUCUAGACCGGAAGAAGCAUGCAGCCCGCCCCAUUUUCUGCAGCACAGUACGCCUUUUCUCACCUUAGUCACGAGCUCACCGGAACCACGUACCUGCCCGUACUUGGGCAAAUUCACGGUGACGGACGUGAAUCGGAAUCCACGGAACACGCGCGAGAGCCGCAGGGGCCAACACCAGCAGGAGUCUCUGUCGAUCCGACACGACGGGGAGAAGGUGCGGCACGCCCAGGAGAGGAAUGAAGACCGUCGGGGCCGUAAGCUGGAUUACGAGGUCGAGAAGAGGCGGGCCAACAAUGAGUACCUGGUCCACGAGAGAAUGGGUCGGCGGGCGCGUUCGAAUCGCGGCGGUGGCCGGAAUCGCAAGGACUACAGCCUGGAGGAGGUCCCCUCGCCGAGAAGAUCCACGGAGCUGGUGGAGACUCUGCGAGAUCUACGAGAGCGCGCGUUGCGAUCGAUGGUCAGACGAUCGGGCGACCUCGAGCAACGCGCCGCCGAGAGCUUGCGCUCCAAGGCGAGGAGAUCGCGCGCCGUCAAACAUCUCGAGGAGCAGCUCGGACCGCAGGACGCGACGAAUCGCGAAAGGAUCGGCGGAAACGAGGGUAAAACGAUCGAAGGCGAGGUGAAUUCGAGAGAUAAGGCGAACAGAUCGAGAAGGUACCCGAAGAUAGAGGACUUCCAUCCGUACGACAUCGAUAUGGCCGGGUGGUUUUGGGCGGCCGAUCCGGACGACAGCUGGACCUCCAGCACGCUGCAGGUGCAGGGCGAUUAUUUCGGGGAUUAUCCGGAGGCUGACGGCUCGCCGCGAAAAAGAUCAACGUCGGGGAGUCCAGCCGACAAGAGUAUGACCUAUAAAGAUCUCUUGAGGAUGAAGAGGGAGCUCGAGGAACACGAGAGGGACGAAGAUAUCCCGGAGAGGAGGGAGAAGAGGAACGAGAAUGUGUCGAGGUGCAGCUCCGAGGUGACGACCUUAACCGUGGGCUGCUCCACGGCGGACAGGAUGGAGUUUCAAAGUGAUUGCGUCGACGACGACGCUAUCACCGCCUACUCCUGCCACGGUAGAUGGUUCGACGCCGAGGGCACGCAGUUCGUGAUCGCCACCCCGUUGGCGCGCAGAACAGCGUGGUCGAGCAGCGAGAACAACAGGGCGCAGCCCUACAGGAACAGCCGUAGACUGUGCUUCAUGUACAAAGAGAGCGGCGGAGUUGUCAGUUUGACUGCCAGCCCCAUAGCGUGUCAGAGGGGCAUCCCACCGCCCGCGCCAAUGUUGGCCUUCAACGCUACCAGCACCGGCCAGUGCAUGGAAGCGAACGGCGGACAGAUCGGCCGAUCGACGUACCUGACGAUCGUCCUGCUGACGGCGGUCGCCGCGAUAUUCAGGUGAUUCUAAUCGAAAGCGCGACAAUUAUUCGAAAUCAAUUAAGAGAACUCAAACGCAGUGUCGGACACUCGGUGAGAUUCAUUAUAAGAAAUAAUCGGCGCUCGAGCGCGCGUAUGCGGAUGAGUGCGAUUUUAAACCGUGAAUGAGAGAGACGCGGGAAGAAGGAUGCGUCGUCAAUCGGUUUAGACAAUCGUGCUCGUGGGGUCCCCGUUAGUUUCUUCGAUCUGGGGAGAGACUCGCGUUCGCGCGAUCAUCGUUCCAAGGCAGCCGAAGAGGCAGCCGCGUCGAUAAAACGGAUAAGGGGAUGACGAAUGAUGACGCAAGAUCGGCACAAAGGAGAUCAUCUUGCGAAGAACCGACGGAAGAUCUGGAAAAGGAAAAGGUUAUUGUUGGAUUUUCACGACGAUCUUGUAGGAGUACGGAGUCGGACGGGAACAUCGGUGGCGUAACGCGUGAUCAAGGGAAGUAGCUCGAACGUGAGUUUUCUCCGGCGUAGUAGAAUUUUUUUACCGGACGUAGCGCGUAGGCACUAAGAUUGAAGCCGGGCGGAGUUAACGAAGUUGUUAGACAAUUUUUAUGGUUAGCCCAUAUCACGAUCGGUAUCGCGCACGAACGACGCGGAACCUCGUUCGUCGGAGGACAAGGAGGGACGCGAUUCGCCCUCGUGGGAUCGAUCGUCCCGGAGUCCUCUCGUUCCAGCCGAUAAGACGCGCGAUCGUUACUUUUUAGGACGGACAGGAAAAGAUGACUACCACGAAGAGGAGACUAUGUCCUCGAUAAGCGCAAAAAAAAAGAAAGAAAGAGAGAAGGGGGAAGAGAUGAAGAAACGUUUACUGAAUUUACUCGGUAAAUAUUUUCUUCGCCGGGCGCUCAUUUCUUUGCUCAUUCUCGGGCAUGUACCCUCAAUAAGUACCGAUGAUACGCGUAAUAAUUAUAUCGAUUAAUUAAACAAGUAAAUACACGCUGUCGUUCUUUCGACGGGUCGAGUUUCGCGCGGAUCCCCGCGUGUCCUGAGAGGUGACGCCGCGAGAGACGAAGGGAAAAAUGGAUGACGGGUGAGCCAAGCAAGACCGAGCGAGAGCUGUUUUACCUAAGAACGAACAAACGGGAAUGAGGACAGUGAUCCUCCUCAAUUAGCAUGACGGAGUCCUCUGGCCGACAAGAAGAAACGUGGGUAAUAUUAUUCCAUUCCGAACCGGUCGUGUGGAUUAUAAAGAAGGUCAAGAGAUUAUUAAACGAGACUAGGGACGUCCGUUAUCCGGGGACGUUCACCACGAGAACACCGGUACUCUCUUCCCCGGGGCUCGCACGGCUCACCACAUUUUUCUUUAUUCAUGCGUCGAGAGGGGGCCGCCCGAGGAAAUCGCGCGCGGCGUCGUCGGCGCGUCCCUCCGCGCGAGAGGCAGAUGGGUGAUCCUUUGAUCUAUAUUUUCGCUUCAUUAGCAUCUCGUUAGACGCCGACGCAAACGCAACCCCCCCCCCCUCGCCUGAUCCUAAGUUUUUAUUCGCCGAGGAUAAAGAUCGCGUGUGAUGUCACCGCCGAGUCGAGGAGGGAAACUGCCUUUAACGUUAAAUGUGCGGUGGCGGCGCGAGCUCUUUGUCUCCCGUGGGCAAACGAUUAGCUUAAUUAACGAUGGGAUGCGCGCGAUCGGAUGCGGCGGCAUCUCUUCGGCGGCGACCCGUUCGACGCGAAACGUUAUAAUGUUAAGCAAUAAGCAAUAAAGAUACACGGAACAUGUAUACAGAGACGUACACACAUACACACAGACAAUUACGCGGUAGACGACAGUACGCUCGAGAGAACGGUGAUAACGAGGAGGAUGUUGCGCUUAAGUGGAAUCGAGCGUUAACACGAUGAAGGAACUCAAUCCGGUUCCGAUUUUUUUUUUUUUUCGCGAUUAAUGACGACAAGUGAAGAAGGCCGGGAUGCGACGGUGUAGAACGCUACGAUAUUAUUGUAACUAAUACAGAGUCUAUAUUAUAUAUAUUAUUGUACAACCAUCUUUGUAAUAAUUAAGCUGUAAUCGAGUGACGAGAGAUGUAGAAGGAAGAGACAAACAAAGAGAAGAAGUUAGGGAGAAAGAGUGGGUGAGUGAAGACUAAAGCGUGUAUGUGUGUAUGUUUGCGAAAAUGAAUGAGAGAGAGAGAGAGAGAGAGAGAGAGAGAGAGAGAGAGAGAGAGAGAGAGAGAGAGAGAGAGAGAGAGAGAGAGAUGGCAGGGAGGGGGACUAUAGGAGUAUGAAAAAGAGUGAACCAUAGGAAAAAGCCAAUCGCUAUUUUAGCACUUUUUCAAUCGCGUCGUACGUAAUUUCUACGCAAUUAAGAUUUUCCGUCGGGUUUUGGUUUAAUCAAUCAACGACGUCAGCGAGAUCGAUUCUUGAGCGGGGAGCGCGACUCAACAGAUGCGAGAUGAAAGUUUCAUCAAGCCAUUCCGUUCAUCCACGUCCAACUAUUUUUGUUCCUCCUCGCGUCGGUCGCGACUGAAACCGUGACCGACGUUGACGAGAGACUUUCGUCGUCGUGCCGCGUUUAUUUGCGUUUCUUCCACUUUUAAUCCGCCUUGAAAUCAUUAAGCAUGUUACUUGACACGCCUGCUCAAGGAUCCCUCGCGGACAACGCACUCCAUCGCGGGCAGUGUCUCCGUUUCAGGGUUCUCAGAAGAGAGGGGAUCGAUCGAAACUUCAUUGACCUCUCUCGGUGAUGGGUACACCGUCAAGAUAUAUUAAUAUUGUCAGUGCGCACAACAACCGCGAGUGGCGCGAAUCUGCGCCACGCGCGACGAGCGGCGCAUUCUCAUUUUUCACCAACAGGUAGGAAAUUAGGCUUACUUAGGACACACUAGCGAUUAUCACAUUAGAAGCCAUACUGUACCUACGAGCGCUAGCGUAUACAUAUAUAUAUAUAUGUAGCGUAUAUAUGAAGUAGUGUUAAUAUCGGGUCUAGCCGUUAAGAUUUCUCUAGCUUCUUAGGGAUAAUAUGCUCAUUGUGAACAGCAAUCAGAUCCUGAUCCAGGUGCCCCGCGGUCGCGAAUCACAUUGUGUACAAUCUUGAUGAAGCCCAAUCGCCAAUGGUCGCGUCUAACGGCGUGUACGACUCUUCUCUUCCGUGAUAUGUAAACUCAGGCUCUCACGUCGACGGUGCGUGCGACUGUGCGAUGGGAAAACGAUAGAAGCAAAAGUUCAGACAGUAAUUUAUUCCAUCCUUUUUCUUGGGAAUUUUUAAAAAUCAAUCCAAAUCAAAUUUUCCCCAACUUUUUAAGGUGAAUUCUCGCGUAAUUGAACGGCGAGUUUAGAGAUCCUUCAAUUCGAUAAAGCGCACAAAAUUAUGGAAAAUCGCGUUUCCCAUGAUCCGAGAACCAUUCGAAGCCUCGUGAAAACAUAUUUAAUUGAAACUUGAAAUUUUGAUGAAACCGCUGACAGGUGAAUUAAAUUUAUUAUCAUGUGCAUAACUAUGCUCAAUGGGAAAUAUCAAUUGUUUGCCAUCCGUUAUGUCGUGGUCAACGGAAGAAUAAAUGUUUAUUUUUCUUUAGAGCGUGGUUAGAACGCGGAUGAUCAUACAUCACACCUGAAAUCACUCCGAGUCCACAAUUUUUUUUUUUUUUUUUUUCAAUUAUCCCGCCCGUAUUGCCAGACGAGCGCGUAUAUUUCAAUCGUAUAUAUUUUGCUCCUAUACGUUUCUGUUUGCUUUCGUGAUCCCCGCUAUUCGCGAGGCUGCGGAAUGCAUGCAAUAAUCAGAUUAAGCAAAGCUGAUGGCAAAGAGAAGAGCGGAACGGACGGUAUUAAAGAAUGAAAAUGGUUAUUCAAACAUUGCUGUACACGCGCGCGCGCAUCCUUCGCGCUUCCUAACUUUCCUUCGCGUCUCACGUUCGAAAGCGAGCCAUGCUCUCUCCGAUGAACGCAGCCGAAAUAUUAUCGACAGCGAAUUGAUUUCCGUGAGGGUGAAAACGUGACGAGUUUUACAUAAUGCAGUGUGUCACGCGUACAGUUGCAACGAUAAAAACGAUUGCGCUUCGAGAAACGGAAGACGCGAGAAUGUGCCAGGCGGGUAAACGCUCGAAUAUUCUAUUAUUUUCGAUUUGCCUGGCGCAAACAACGUCGAGGGAUUCAAUAAUUAUCAGAGCAUCCCCAAACAUCAUUACUAACCCCGGCCGCCUCCGCUCGAUUCGCUCUCUCUCUCUCUUUCGCUCUCCCUCCCUUGCCAAACAUUAUGCGGCAUUUAAUGAGAUUGAUGCAAUCGUCCGAUGCAUUUAAUCCUACCAAUUUACAUUGCGCCCUAAUAUCGCUCGCGAGCAUUCCGCUAAUGGAGUCGCUAAUGAGAAACAGAAACAUUCUCCGCGCUCAUUGUGUUGUUUUUCGACAGAUUAGACAAUCAUCAGCAGAAAAUUGCAAACGAGCCGUUCCCUCCCGAGAGAGAAAAUUCGCACUUUAUUUGAGCACGUCGUUUUGUGAUUUCCCUAUCACGGUGAAAAUUACAUUGGUAUAACAUAUUUGUGUGUCGCAGUCGUGAUACGAGUGGACAUUUCACAUACUCUAAUGACCCCAAUCUUUCUCUCUUCUCUGAAAGAAAAAAAACCCCCCCGUUAAACUUCGAUUUAUAAGGGAAUUUGUUCCCCACAAUUUUUUUUUUAUUCGUCUUCUAUCGCGAAAACAUAAAAUUUUCCGAAAGCAUCCACUUUCGGUGAGGAAACUUGUCGAUUUCGCGUAACGCGGAGUUGUUAAAGCCACUUUUUAGCUCCGUUCAACGGAGCAAGCCCGAAAGUUGUUCCGUAACACCUAACGCCCAGUAUUUUUCGUUCAUUCGAAGUGCCGCCGCUGAGUGAAGCUUGUUCGUUGCAACAAUCCCCCGAACGGCUGUAAGACGCCGCUGCUCGCGAACGCGGGGUUGAUUUCACCGCAGUGCGGAUGUGGCUUCCAAACCGUUGUUGAAUACCGAACCCGGAUUAGUACACCGCGGCGGCCGUCCGCUACGAGACGAUUAACGAUUUUAUGGAAGCUCUGAUGGGAUUAUCAGAUUACUUUCGUGUCGGCGCGAGUACUCCGCGCGCGGUAUAUUGCUCCCCGAGCCGGAUUAUGUUCUCAUUCUUAAGAUCGCCGCUGCCACCGACUGUGUCUCUCAGUGUCUCGAGAGAUUUCGUAUAUGCAUCCUCCUCCCUGACAGUCAUGGCGGAAUUGGCCUUGUAACAAACAGACGGAUUCGAGUACGUGAGAUCGUCAACUUCUGCUCCAAUAAAUCGAUUCGAAUCAAUCGCUUUGGCAAAGGGCCCGAUAAACCGCAAGUGCAAAGUAUUCAAUUGAAAGAAAAUGAUGUUACUUUCUGAAAUAUAUGAACAAUACAGUUUAAUUAAAUAAUAUCGAAAUAAUUAUUUUUCGUGUUAUUUUUGUACGCGCCGUAUAGAUUUUCAUUCCCUGAAUUAUGUAGGGUUUUUAUACGUUUCAACUUUUUUUCGUAACACUGCUUUUAAUCAAAUCUUGUUUUAUUAAUUUUCCAAUAAGCUUCAGCUUUCUCCUCCUGCGUUAUUUGAAUUAAAUUUGAAGGAAAUAUUCUCUCAUUUUAAAUGUUUUAUUCUAUUUUUUUUUACUAGGUAUAAUCAGAUUCGAAAAUUAAUAAAUUUUGAAAUUAGUUACCUGCAUGUCUGAUUUGUUUUUAUUACGCAAUAAUUCAUACUUUAACUGCGAAAUUAUAAGUUUACUAUUCUCAAAAUGUUUUAUGUCACAAAAAUAUUGUUAUUGCGUGUGUAUAUCUAUAUAUAAUUCAUAUCGCGUUAUUUGUAUUCCCAUCACGGAAUAUAUCAAGAAUAAAUAUUUAAAGGGCGUAAAUAUCAUUUCCAGUAUUAUCAAAUUUGAUUCACUUUUAAAUAAUGAUCUCAUUUUUGCUAUUAUUAUUAUUACUAGUCCUGUUAUCAUUUCUCGAUUGAAAGGCGGAGCAGCGAGAUACAAAAACGAUUUCCGGCCUCCCUCCUUGAAAAAAGUAGAAAAGCAACCGGAGCGUAUUCGCGAGCUCGCAAUUUAUAUCGUCAUAAAUAUAUUAACGGUUAUGAUUCCGAUAUCGCUAAACGCACGACGCUUUAUUUCAUAGCUUCCGGAAAUAUUGUAGAUUCGUCGACUUCCCGCGCCCCUUUAAAAUCGAUACUCCGAUAAAAUCCCGCCCGCCUGUACGGUCGUACAAAAACAAUUCCGCGCUUAUUUCCCUUCGCGAAUCAUACGCAUAUCCAGCCUUACGGGGAAAAAAAACCGGCAGAAAUAUCGGGGAUAUUCGGUCCGCGGCGACGACUUGCGUCUCGUGUCAGCCCUUCGUUAUCAGAAACGAUCCAUCCGUCAGAACUGCCGCAAGGGCGAAUUUAUGUUACAUUAAACAGGCUGCUGCAGGCGCGAUAGAAAUUUCUUUUAGAUCUUGAAGAAAUUCUUACAUAUCCUAUCAUUGUUCGGAAUAAAAAUGUUUUAACUGACGAAAUUAUACGCUGAAUUUUAUUAAUACCAACUGUACAGAUUAAUAAUUAAAAAUCAACUGUGCUGUAAUAUGUGUUUAUUGUAAAAAAAAAAUAUUGUACGUGAGACACAUUUUCGUUGAAGCCUUCAAAGUGCGUUCUCAUUAAAGACGUCCGAAGAUGGUUGGCUUUGGAUUCUGUGAGUAGUCAUCAUUCGAUUCUGACGCGUCAGUCUUGUCCGCGGACGGUAGGGCGAGCUCACGACCCGAUUCCACGACUGGAAAAUCAUCGUUGUCCGGAGAUUAAAGUGCCUCCGGUACCAUAUGGGGUAACAGCGAAACUUCCCUCAAUCUGUAGGAGGUAACGACUCCCGCGUGUGCGGGUAUGAGAGCCGCGAUACGUCUCGAUUACGAGGGUAUAAGAAUUGCAGGCGGCGGGGAGGGAGGGAAAGAAAAAUGCGACUCGCUGAUAGCUCGCGUUUUUCACGACCCGAAUGCCGGAAAGUUCUUGAACCGUCAUUGUGCCGUAGAUUUAACUCUUCGCGGCGACGAGGGCGGCGAGCAGGGCCGGGCUUCCUCUAAUUUCGUGUUAUUCUGAUCUUCGCAUUUGCCGCGUGCCACCUAGAAUAGUUCCCCCCAUCAACUUCUUCGGCCGCGUAGGGCCGAUGAGCUUGGUAUACGUACACCGCAAAAGGAGUUGUUCCUUUCAAUUUCAUUUAUAACAUAUUCAUUUAUGAUACGAUAUAUUUAUUUCCUGCUUUUUAUGUUUUCAAUAUUAUUAGAAAUAACGAUACAGAGUAGUUCCUAUCGUUUCCGGCUGCCUCUAUCUGAAAGCAAUGUAUCCCCACGGACGAUCGUGAUCUUUCUUUAUAAACGCAAAAGUCAAAAAGACAAGACAGAAAUGGAUUAGUUCCCAUUACGGAUCCACUUGCGAAAUGUGUGGUCGACGUUCGCCCUACGAUGGAGCCCGCAACCUUGCCCUACGGGAGGUCAGCGUAAAAAAUGACGCUCUCGGAACACGCGGAAUAGCUGGGCGCCGGCGUGGCUUGGUUUCGCAAGCCCUGGGACACGCCGCCGUCACCUUCCUUUCCCCCGAGCACAGUCGCACCCUCCGUCGAUUCGAGGACGUUUUCAAUCAAGGGACAAUCAUCCCUCGACGAGCAAUCCAAGUUCUAUCGCAUCAAUCCGCCGUUCCGUCCCCCGACGAAACACACGGUUAGAUUCGUCCUCCUCCCUCCUCGUCCUAUCCUCCCUUCGUUCUUAUCCGAACAACGACGAAUAACUUCCGCUACACCCUCGGCGAUGGCCCUACACCCCGAAUGUAUACAACGCGCCGCGGAUGCGUGCGCGAGAUGCCAUUACGUUAUCCCGCAUUUUGAAUAAUAUCGAAUUGAUUUCCCGAUUCCCUCUUCGUACUGAUCUCAAGAAUGACUCUCGUUCCAAUUUUUCAUCGAUAAGGGAUAAAAUUUAUUUUCUCAUCUCUAUGGGCUGCUUGUGUAGAAGAAUUUCUAUUUGCGAUAAAAUCGAAUGAGACGAUUCGAAAUUAUAUUUACAUUCAAUCAAGUAAAAAACUUGUACUAAAAUGAUAUUUUUUUUGUGUAAGUUUUCUUCAUAUAAAUUUGUAAAUUGAGCAUCGCCAGUACGAUAAAUUUUAGCACAAACAUUUUUGCGAAUAAUCACUGAGAUUUAGUCGAAUUAAAUUUAGAGCUAUAAUAAUUUUAUUUGAGACCCGAUAAUAAAAUGCCGACCAGCAUUGGGAUCAGCAUGAAGAGCAGAAGAAACAAUCGCUAAUUUUCGGUAUCGUGGGGCACAGGGUGAUGCAAUCUUACGCAAUUAGAACGGGUUAGUGAUGUGCGUACGUUGCGCGUACGCACGUAAUUUCGCUAUGUGUAUAUAUAGAAAAUAGUUUGCGUGCGUAUUUUGUGCGUCCAAGAAAAUGCACAUUCGUGAAACGAGCGGCAAAAACCGCGGGGCAAUGUGUAAAAAAAGAACGACGAGAGCCCACCAUCAUCGCGCCUGGUAUUUUAUUCUCGCAUGCUGAUCGAAUCGGAUUAUCCAGCAUCGAAUAGUUAAAAUGGAACCGACUAUUCUGAUAUUAAUGUGAAAUUUCGUCAAAUGUACUGUAACGCGAGUUGAAAAUUGCCGGUGAAGGCAGAUCCCAUUUCCCCGGAAUAACGUGAUGGACCAUUAUAAUUGCAUAACAUUAAUUUUUUAAUGGUAUUACGUAUGAAAAACUUUUGGAAUCGAAGAGGAGAGACAUAAUACCUGGAAGUAAUAUAAAAGAACGAAAACAAUACAUUAUUUAUUCGGAUUUUUUGCCAAUUUUGGCGACCUAUGUAAAAAAAAAGGGGAAAGAUUAAUAACGUGCUAACGCAGCAUAUUUUUGUUUAUGCUCUUUUUUACGAUUAUAGUAUAUUCUUUUCAUUUUUACUGAAAUUAUAUAAUAUAUACAUAUAACAUAUAUGAUUGUAUGAUUGUGUAGCUUUUAAUAACUUGCAUAAUACAAUAUCGCGAAAUGUAUUUUUAAUUACAGUUAUAAAAGCUCAUAAAAGCUUGUUUUACAAUUCUAAUAUCUCUGUGUCCCUCUUCUCGAGCCACUGUUAUACCUAAUCGAUUUAUAACGAUAUGAAGACAUAAAUGGGAAAUCGGGUCGCCUAAUUUUCAGGUUAGAUAAUCCCUUGCGAGCUCGUUAAGAAGUUUCGCCAUUGGCGCGACGGGAGGAAACUGGAUACAUGAUCGCUUCGAAUUUGCAUACUUCCCCGUAGUCUAAACCUCAUUUGCUUAGGCGAAUUGUUGAAGUACAGCGGCGACGAUCGGACGACAAUUCGUGCAGCGCAAGCGGUUCUCCUAGCGAUUUACCGAACCGGAACCGAAUUCAGGUCAAAUGAGCAAUCGGAAAGUCUGUUUACCGAAUACAGUAUGUUCAUGGAAAUGCCGAAGCAGCAUCAAUAAUGGAAUAAGCAGCUAUUGAUCGACAAACACAACAAAUACGCUAAAACCCCCUUUUAAAGGUUUCCCACGAUAACAAUAAACGGUAUAAAACGAUAUUCUUUUUCAGACAGGUUUAGAAUACGAGCGUAUUUGAAAAAUCAAUUUGGCCUUGAACGAUUUUUAUUCAAUUUCCAAAGGGAAAGGAUGAAGGAAAGGAUAUCGAUUCCACAGUACCCUCCGUAUUAUGAAAUAGAGCUCGUGAAAUUUGCUAAAGAUUAGCGUUACCUGUUUGAUCUAUAUAUAGCAAACUUAUACUGCAAAUGCAUGUCGCACGUCGUUGAUUUCCAUCGGGUACGAGUACUGAGUCGGCCUUUUCAUGCGCGCGAGCGCGAAACGGACACGUCGCUGCCAUUUACGGUCGCACAAUUUUCUAACACCUCGGCUGCCGUUUCUCUCCGGCUUUAAUCGCUUGCUCGACAUCGUCCUGACAAUACGAAUUGAUGAUCGAACGUAAAAUCGAUCGUUCACGUCGCGUGCCGAACGCUUGGCUCAGCGGGGUCCAUUAAGAUCUCGCAUUAUGUCGCGAAUCAUGCCUCGAACGCUUUAAAUCGACCAGCCCGACUGCUGUAACGUCGCGAUUACACAACGGACAAUCAUUUACGGACUUCCGUUGCUGAUGGAGCUCUCGAUACGAGAAAUAGAUGCGGUAACGUCUUCUUGCGAAUAUUUUCUUCUCUUUCCAAAGGAACGUUUCGUAUUUACGUUCUUUUUAUUCGUCGGUUUCAUUCACGAUCCUCAAUCUUUUAAUAUCGAGUUUUUGCUUUCGAAAUAUUUACAUGAGAAUACAUUCGCAUUAAUCUUUCUGGGGUGCAUAUCCGUUUGCGAUAUUUUAACCGAACAAAUUGCGAUGCUUGCGUAGUUGUAGAAGCGUGGAGUCAUCAUUAUCCAAUCAUCCUAGGCGUGCGAAAGGCCACGAAAGACAGAGCCGAACGAACGCGACGAUUUGCGAUAAGAUCGGCGAGAGAAAUGCGAUUUAACAGUUUGUCGAAUGAAUGAUUAAAAGCAAUACUGAGUGCGUGCAUGAUAUUACCAUAGUGUGUAAACCGUGCGGAAGGAAAAGAUAAGAGUGUAACUACCUGUGCCUUGUAACAAACUAUAUAUGUAUAUAUAUACAUAUGCAACACAAACACACACACACACACACACACACAUGAGGAGAAGAACGCGUAUAAAUACACCUUAUACAUCUAUACAUAUAUAUAUUAUAUAUAGACACACUGACGCGUACACACAUGCGCACGUACAUACACAGAAAAACGAAAUAACUCUUACGAUAAUCUAUUUAAACAAUCGUUGCCGUCUCUUCUGAAACAGAAACCCCCUCUCAGAAUUUCAAUUGCAACGCCCGCAGAUAGAAAAGAGAGAUAACGGAGCAAAAACCGACGAACAAGUAAAAUAAAUAAAAAAAGGGAGAAAUGAAAAAAGAUAUGUUGUUGAAUAAAAUAGCAAUAAUCGAAUUUCAGACUGAAUUAUGAUUGAAUAUUGUACCGCAAGUCUUUGUUGUCGCGGCGGCGACGCGCGAGUGUGUUAAUUAUUAUAAAUACUGUUACAGUGUCUUGCUACAACUGGGGAGAUUAAAAUAAAAUCUCGAAGCUCGAAA